AUGGCCCGUCAAUCUCGUGAGCUCGGGUUUGACCCAUCUACUCCCUUUGCUGAGGAAAACCCAGACCUUUGGCAGCCUAGCAGCUUCCUAGGUCUAUUUGGAGACCCGACACCAGUCUCUCAAACUGAGGAUCAUCAGCGCCUACAUGUGGGUUACCCUCUCCGUCAUGAUUCUUUCUUCGAAGGCUUCUCGACUACGGCUGGCCCCGGAUGGGCUGCGCCUACUUCGACUCUCGAGAACAAUCCUUUCACCAUCAAUCAUGAUGCAUUCGAGCCUUGGCUGCGUGCACCCACCAGUUCAGCUCGUGAUAUAUUAUGCUAUGAGCGUGGGGCUGUGGAUUCGACAGACCCAAAAGAACCUACGCAACCAGCGAAAAGGUCACCCAAUCCUACCAGAGGCGGCAAGCGUCGCGUCAAGAAGAAGACAUCCUCUGGUCAUCAGCAUUCGAGUCGACCAGAGUAA